AUGAGCAAUGACCAGUUACUGCAAGAAGAGCUUCUGCGGAUCAAAAGUGCAGUCAAGCAGAAUUUCCGACGCGUCAAGACCAUUCAGAAUCGCCAACUUGCUCGUUGGACAGCUCAAGCAGCACAAACUUCGCGUGCAAAAGCUACCUGUCGACCUGGAAACGAAAUGACGCAAAGUCCGGUCAAAGUCGGUUCAUCAACGACAAACACUAUCUUUCGGGAGGCGCAGUAUUUGGUACACUACCUCGACUACAUCUUUCCAAUUCAGUAUGCUUUCUACGUCGAUGCACCAGAUCAAGGAGGCAGAGGAUGGCUGUUCUUCCUUCUCGAGAGAAAUGCACCCCUACGAAAUGCAGCUCUGACCCUGUCUGCCUUCCAUCAACAUACUUUCUCACCUUAUCAUACGGAGAAACAGGAAGACGAACUAUUACAAUACCAUACCAAAGCACUUCAAGAACUCCGACACGUUGUCCGCCAUCGCGACGUUGGUGCUUCUGCUGAUAAUAUCGAGGAAUGGCUCAAAUUCCUAGCUGGCGGCAUGUUUUUGAUCUCCUUCGAGGUAUUCCAAGGCGGUACAAACAACUGGCAAGCGCACUUCAACGCCCUCGUAUCCGUUAUUCAGAACCUGACAUCCUCCGACUUUGACUUCGAUGCCUCCGAUCCUUCGAGCCCAGACUUUGACUUCCAGCGAGGCAUGAAUACUGCGCAAAAGUUCAUUCUCUCGAACCUAGUUUGGAUAGACAUACUAGCCCCUCUGGCUACGGGGGCUGCACCGAGGUUACCAUAUCGCGAUUGGCUCAACGCUGGAAAUAUUGACAUGUCGAGAGUCAUGGGUUGCUCAAACUUGAUCAUGAUUGCGAUCGGUGAUAUGAUGACACUGGAUUCGAAUGCUCUAACAAUGGACAGUGGGACUUUGCAAAUCGCCAUUGAUGACCUGGAGAAAUGUAUGCAUGAUGGCAUAGGCGCGGCAUUAGAUGAUGGAUCAACGGUCUAUACCUGA